CUUUGAAAGUGAAGUGUUAUACUACAGUGUUUAUCAGAACGUAUAAAAGAAAACAUACUAUACUUUAAAUUGUGAUCAUCUUUAUGUAUGGGGAAAAAUUUUAUUGAUGUCAAAAGUUAAACUUUUUAAUUGUUUCGAGGUUUUAUUUGGUGGUUUUAUGUUUUCAUAUACCGAAAAGGAAUUUUGAUUUUGCUGUUUUACAACAGACUUAAAUGGCGGAUAUUUUCCAGUUGAUCAAGUGAUCUUGAAUACAGAUGGCUUGUAUAAUAUUACAUUGUAUAGAAAUUCCUACGCAUGUCAUUUAAUUUAUACACACAUAAUAACAGUUUUUGUAUGCAAAACGCGUGGAAUGUAAAUAAAUAUUGAAAUAUUUUGUGCAGGAUGUAGAAUGUAAUAUAGAGGAGAAAUAUAUUGCACUGGACAGGAAUUGCAACAAAGUAUCUUUAAAAGUUUUGCAGACAAGUUAUGAUGAAGUUUGACAAAGCUGUAAAUCUAUGAAUUGACAGAAAAUAGUUUGACACAGACUGCUUUGGUGUCAGUGUGUGUUAAAGAGUGUACCAGCACCAACCAAACAACUGCCUCUACAAAUACAUAUAGGUUGCCAUCACUAAGGAUGGGGAAGUCAAUGAAUUUGAACAAUUUAUCACCUGAGGAGGCCCAACAGAUCCUGAAAGUUAUACAGAAAGAUUUUGAACUGAGACAGAAAGAAAGGGAAAGAUUAAGUAAGAUAGAGGAAGUUGUAAAUGAAGAAGAGAAUAAGACGGAGUUGUUGACCAAACAACAAAAAUUCAAUGAGAACUGCUGCAUACGGUGCUGUCAAACUUUCGGAUUCAUCUUCAAUAGGAAACAGUUAUGCCAAAGUUGCCGUCUCUACAUUUGCAAGUCUUGUGCAAAAUACGAUGACAAUAUCAAAGGCUAUGUAUGCAAGGCAUGCUUAAAUGAAUUGGAACUAAAGCAUAAAUCUCUGGAUUGGUUCUAUAACAACGUUAGCAGGAAAUACAAGAGAUUUGGCAGUGCAAAGGUUGUGAGGACACUGUACAAACAUGCAGAUGGGUCACGGGUCUCAAAGUUUCAUUGGAGUGAUGGAGAUGAAGCAGUUAUGGAAGAACCAGAACAUUUUGAUGAACUUGACAUAGCACAAGCAGACAAUGAGAGUGAUAGUGGCUAUGACCCUUCCCUCUACAGUUCUUUCGGCCAAUCAGGAUCAUUGAGAGUGAAGACACGCCCCGCACUGAAAUCUGUCUUCCCAGAAAUCAAGAUCAGUGAUGAACACUGUCAAGAAAUUGAUAAUAGCCUGUUUUCUCCACCGCCGCCACUUGGCCAGAUAUCUCCAAGACAAACUAACGGGACAGCUUAUAACAACAACAAUGAUGCGUCCCCUGACACAUCCCUGGAGAGUAUACAGAUAUCAACCCAGACAACUCCAGUGCCACACCCUAGGAUGGCCACAACACCAACACAGACUAUUGAAGAUCUGGAUUCAAAAGAACAGGAGAAAAGAGAUAUAUACAAAGAAGCUUUUGAAAGUACAAAGCGAACAGAAGAGGCAAAAUUCAAGGUUCGCUUUGACAACUUGCUUCAAGAUAUGCAACAGUCUUUUGAAGCUUUGUCGCCGAGAGAUGGGCAGGUCCCCUCUGGAUAUGGUAGUACUUCAUAUGGAGAUUUGAUGACUACAUACAGAGGAAGAGUGAAGGAUCUCCUUGUCAGUCUGUCCCAGAGACUGGAACUUGCUGUAGAAAGUUUUGAUGAAACUUGUGCUCAUAAUCCAGGCUUGACGUCUCUAAAAGUGAAACAGAUGAUCUCUAAACUGGUCGAGGACAGACUGGGUGAAUCACUAGAUCUGACAAGUGAUGAGGCAGUAUCAGAUCUGUCAUCCCUUUCUGAUGAUUCAGGGGAACAAAAAUCAUUGGAGGACCAAAUUGCUCAGGCUGUUAUUGCAAGGGUGCUAGAAUUACACAGAAAUCAAACCGGUGUUCACUUAGAUCUUGUUGAACCAGCAGACAAUAGGAGAAAUAGUGAAUCUUCUGGGUCAGAGGUAAAAACUGUUGUAAGGAGUAGAGACUCUUCAGUUUCAGAAGAACCUAAUAUACAUGAAAUGGUGCCAAAUGAACACAUUUUGCACAAAGGUGCAAAAAGAUUAGACAGAGAUUCAAACUGGAAUGAAAGUGAUAUUAACGCAAACAUUAAUGACAGAUCCAAAUGGGCAAAGACAGAGAGACAUGAGGAUUAUAAAAAUGAGAAUGAUACUGAUGGUGAAGUUAGAAUCUCAGGAAGGCAGUCACCUCAUGAAACGUUUGAUGUGUUUGAAGAUGAUGUUAUAGAUGGAGAACAUACUCAAAGAGACAGGAGAAAAAGAUUACAUUCUGAUGAUAUAGAGCCAGGAAAUCAAAGACUCGGAGUAAGCUCUGGACAUUCAGAGUCUGAUAAUGAGAGACGCAGGUCAAGUUCUGGUGAAAACAGGCAUCGGAAACAUGAUUCUGAGUUGGAAAAUUAUGAUUCUAAUAAAGCAAGACCUAGAUUAGGUUCGGGUGUUUCAGAAACUGAUGAUAAAGAAGAUGAGAUUAUUCUGAAACAAGAAUUUGAAAAAUUACGAACUUUUGCACGAGAAGUUGUUCCAAGACCAUUGUAUGAGGAAGCUAAAUUUGUUGAAGAAAUUGAACCAGAACCAAUAGAGGAAAGUAUGGAAUGUGUUAAAAUUGAUCAUGAAGAGUCCCAGGAAGAAUUUUCGUCCCGAUUUUUUACAUACGAUAAAGUUCAUGAUUCUGAACAUCGUGGCCUACCAGAUUUUAGUGACUUGGAUUAUGAAUAUCAUGAUUUUGGUUUAAAUGAAGUUGACCCAGAUUUAUUAUCGAUGAAUUUAGCGCCAAUUUUAGAAGAAACUGAAGAAGAAUUGGCAGAAGAGGAAAUUGAAGAUGAAGAUGCUGAAUAUGAACAAGACUGGAGGGGUAACUGGAUCUUUAAAGGUGCUGGUGGUAUGGCUCCAUAUAACAACAUCUCCAGUAAGAACCGACUUUCCGCUGAAUUUGGAGAUGGUUAUGUGAUGGUGCCAAAACCCAAUGAAAUACUGGCUCCUCAGAUUGGAAACAGAGAUGUUGAUGACAUGUCUGAUUUGUCCGAAAAUGAGAACAGAGAUCUGAGUGAUGAGGAAAGUUCAUUUUAUGCAAGAACAAGUGAGGAAAUAGCACGUAUAACACGUAAAACAUCCAGUUCUACACAAGCAUCUGCUCUCGCCAACAUCUCAAUCCAGACAGAGGGAGAAUCAGAUGCAGAAUCUAUCGUGUCUCGACCAAAUUCAUCUUUCUCCGAUUCUGGUUUCCGUGGUAACAAACCAGAACAGUAUAGUUUUGACAGCCGUGUGAGUGAGAAGUCAGUGUUAAAGUUGUCAGAAGAACUUGUACCCGCAGAAGGAGAUGAUCCCAAAUUUGAAAUUCCACCAGAUAGUUUAACCAUAUCUGAAGGGGAACUGGCUAAAUUAACAUGUAGAGUUGCUGGUACCCAGCCAAUAGAUGUAUUUUGGUACAAGGUACGAGAAGAGGUUGAAGAGCUGGAAAAUUCUGAGAACUAUGAGAUUAUAAAGGAUGGCAGUCGUCAAAGUAUAAACAUGUACAACAUGACGAAAGCAGACGCAGGCCAGUAUAUGUGUAUGGCUAUAAAUGAGAAAGGUCGCUGCUGUCAGUACCUUAUACUUAAUGUCAAAAAAAAUACUACGGAAAUGAAGGCACCAGAGUUCUUAAAGACUUUAUCGGAUGUAGAAAUUAAGGAAGGUCAAAGUGUAAAGUUCAGAUGUAAGGUGAAGGGCAUUCCACAGCCGAGGGUCGUCUGGUACAAAGAUGGGAAGCUUCUCCUGAAUCAACUGAACUAUAGACUUGAGAGAUUUGGAAACCGAGACUACAUCCUGGCAAUUGAUUCAGCCACAAUGGAUGAAGAUGCUGAAUAUUGUGCACUUGCCAAAAAUGUUGCUGGAGAGGCUCGUUCCAGUGCACAACUCAUUGUAGAGCCAAGAAGUAAACCAGAAAGUGUUCCAGUGACUGCCAAAUCUCCAAAGUCUGAAAAAUCAGACGUUAAAAAGAAAACAGAGUCAGAUUUUCCUGACCUGUCAUACCUGGGCCUGGGACGGUCUAAAUCUUCUGCAAGAUCUGCCAAGUCAUCACCAUCAUCACCUUCAGUAUCACUGUCAUCAAACAAAAUGCCAAAGUCACCUAAAGACAAAAACAAUGAUUCCGAGUUACAUAAUUUGAGUGAAAGAGUUGCAAUGACAAGAGAAAGUGUGUCUGACGUUGCAGAAGAUAUACUCUCUUCAUCGAAGGAGUUAACAGAGAUUGACAAAAGUAUCGCAGCCAUGGACAAGCUUCUAGAAGACCUAGAGUCAGAUGUUUAUUCGGUUAAUUCGGAUGACGCUGAGAACAAUAACGGGGUUAUAAGUACACUUCCUGGCUCUGCUGUUAUAGAAUAUUCUAACCAAUUUUAUGUAAUGCAGGGAGCAGCAGAAAAUGUAAGGAAAGCAACAAAAUCUACACUUGACUACCUAAAUAAUACUGAUGCCUAUGUAAUGAGGGAGAAGGGUGUUGAUGAUGUGGCUACCAGUACACCUAGAAACUCAGAUACUGAGCGGGUAUUUAAUCCCGAUAGUGACGCUUCUCAUAUUGUCUGUGAUACAAGUGACGUUACCAUGGAAACAUCGCAAGAUACGAGCAAUGACUCCCAAAAAAGUGAAAUCUUAUUUAACCUCAACCCUAUGACUAUAAACAUGGGAAAUACUAGAGAUGUUAAACAGAAAGUUAAGAGUGGCAGACGGACAUAUUCAAGGUCAAGUUCAAAUGAGGACACAAGUGUUGCCAAGGACAACAAGGAAUCUCAGCAUAAUGAUACAUUACAAACAGAUAAACACACUGUAAGUGAUACUAGUUGUGUGACACAUUCUCCAGAUGUCUCCAUGGAUGCCACAGAUCUGAACAUUACUCAUGAUAGUUCUGGUGACAUACUAACUGUCAAUCUGGGACCAAAAAGGGAAAAUAAGCAACGUUAUCAGAGAGAUUUUUAUAUAAUUGACACUCCAAUAAUGCAGAGGAAAGCAUCAGAGCUGUCACCAAGGGAGGAAACUCAGAGAGCUCAUACCGAGGAAAAGAUAUACCUAGCUGCCAGCACUGUUACACAUUUAGAGAAUAAAGUGAUGUCACUGCAGGACAAAAUGAAGGCUGUAAAUGCUCUUCAAGAGAAAGACAGAUUGGGUCAAAUUGAAAAUGAAGUAGCUCAAACAGUAGCACAUGUGGCUUCUAGUGAAAAACAGGUUAAACAUAUAGAAGGUGCUGUAUCCAAGCUUGCUGAUUCUCCAAAAGGAAAGGUACCAUCAACAAAAUCACGCCAGGCACCUAGUAUUCCCCGUCAGAAAUCUCCGCCAAGAGAAAAGCCGGAACCUACAUACCUGAUAGGUGACACCAAGGAACAGGAUCUACCUGAGAGCAGAACAGAAUUCAAUGAGGAAUAUGGGUCUAUAGAACUGCCUAGUGUUAACCGUCUCAAAGCUAUGUUUGGUGGGAUCAAGUCUGACGAUAGAGAUUCUUCUAUAAAAAGGGUUCAAAGUUCAUCGGGACCAGAAAAUGACAGUCAACAAGAACCUAUUCACAGUAUAACUGCACGAAGUGUUUCUAAAGAACAAUUAGAAAAACUGCGCCAUACAACAGAUGAUCCUCGUGCACGUGUAACAUCAUCUAGUGAAGUUGUACAUCCGGGUCGUGCAACUGCGUUGAUGACAGGACAGCAAAUAAAACCAAGGCCGAACAUGCCCAAACAGGUCUACCAGUCACAUGACUUUCGGUCGGAUGAUUCAACCAGCAUUAAAAUGCAAGCACCAAAACAAAGUAUACAAGUUUCCUCAAAUGUGAAACAGACUCCAGAUACCAAAAGUAAUACAAAAUCUCAGACUAUUGUAAAAAUAAGUCUCGGAAGUGGAAAUAUUAAUAGACCUUUAAGUCCUAGUGUAGCAGACCAUGUUCAAACACAUCAGCCAAUCAAAAGUACUGUAACAGCAAAAACUGGUGCUCCAAAACAUUCUAGCCAAUCAGUAUCACAAAAUAUGAAAACUGGAGAUGAAAUUGACACUCCUGAAGAGAGAAAGUCACCAAAAAUCAAAACUGGAGCAAUCUCGGCUAUGUCUAAAUUUUGGGAAAAGGGGGCAAAAGAUGACAAAGUUCCAGAAUUAUUAGAAUAUGAUUGAUGGCUGAAACAUGUAGAUAUUUUUAUGACUUACAUGUUAUAUCCAAAUGACGAAAUAUAUUUCUUGGGUAUAAAAAUAUGACAAAGAAUAGAAAAGAUAUGUGAUAUUCUAAAUAUGUGGACUAAUUACAGAUAUUCAAGUUGAAAUGUCUACAAAGGUAAAAAGAUACCAUUAAAUAUUUGAUAAAAUUGGAGCAAUGAUUGUAUGUUUUUUACUAUAGCAAGUUACAUUUUUUAUUCUCCACAUAUUCAGUGUUAUACACAGACAUCCCAACUCUCCCGAUCCGAUCGGGUAUCUCCCGAUUCUGGUUGUAAAACCCGAUCACCCCGAUCAGAAGUCUCAAUCUCCUGAUUAAAAAAAAACAACAAAAACAACAACAAAAAAAAUGAAAUAAUCCACUUCUUUGCGCCUAUCUGAUACUGUUAUCACUACUGAGGAGCCUGUAAACAACAGCUUUCGGAUAUUUUCACACCUUACUCUACCCUUGCUGAUUAUUGUUUAUUACACGAUUUAACAAAGCCAGGUGUUGAAAAAUGUGUCACAAUUGAAAUUAAAAUCCAAACAUUAAAUAUCUAAUUAAAUUCAAUCAAAUUUAGAUUAGAAAUUAUACUAGCUUUACCUUUUUCUGUAACUUUUUGAAAGCGAAAGUAGAUGGUCGCCGAGUCAACCUGCUGGGUUUUAAAAAACAUUUCUGUUAAAAUCAUUUUGAUAAGAGGAAAUGUCAUGGUAAAUUUUAAUAUCACUUACUAUCAAAUGCUGUUAAAUUGUCUUUGCAUCAUCACAAUUUGUCAAACACAUCCUUUUAACUGGAGAUUUAGGCAAAUGUCUACGAAAGUUUAACAAUACCCGGACAUUCAAUUUUGGAUAACAGGAUUUUGAUCAAUAAAAGUAUUUGAGCUAGGGGUUUUAAAUACUGGUUGACAGGGAUAAGAAUCAAACAGUAAAUUUUCUAUUGCUUGAACUUUUAUUCUUUUAGAUAUAUACAUUUUGUUUUUACAGUUCUAACAGCUGCACUGUUUGUCAUGUAAAAUUCACCUGGGGAGUCUUCUUUCCAACAAAAGAAAUAAAAGUGCGGGUUUAAUUCUCAGUGGAGUUUUGAAUUUAGACAUAGUGCUUAAAGUGCCAUAACUAUUUAAUUUUGCAAAUAAGGCUUCAUGUAUUAUUGUUCCAAAACAUUAAAAAUGCAUGAAUAAUAAGAUAUAGACAAGUGAAUUUUUUUAAGACUAGUGAUUUUAUAAGGGCAAAUAAGUUAAUAUUAUCAUUUAAAAUUUGUUAAAAGCUUCGUUAUCAUGAACAUAAUUACCGCGGUAUAAAAUCUCCCACUUGAACACCUCAAUCUCCCACUUUGGAAAGCAAAAACUCCCACUUGGCAUUCAGAAAAAGUUGGGAUGUCUGGUUAUACAUGUAUUACUAUUUUUGUUGUUGUUUUUACCAGAAUGCAUUUAUGCUACCUGUUCUAAAUGUGCCAGUAUCCAAGGCAAUAGAAAGUAAACUUUAGAAUACAUGACCAACAUGUUUUUCAAAUGAUUACAAAGUUCUAGAAAGGUUUGAAUUAUAGGAAAAUUUAGUUGUGAUAAAGUCAGAACAUCUUGAUUCAAGAAAGUUAAGAAACAUUUAGACAUGACUCAGUAAAAGUACAUGUAGAGUUAAGGAGGUAGGUUACCUUAAUAUUUGUAUGUGCGCAUGUCCAACCGGAAGCUAACGUGACGAUUUACAACGACGACGUUUACGACAAACUAAAUGUGUUUGUAUAUCCAUUCUUCUGAAAACAAAUCAUGAACCUGUCUCCGAUCUGAUGCUAUAUGGUUUAAUAAUGCAGAUAUAAUGAAUAAAUUGCCGCAGAAAUGCUUCGAAACAAUGUUGCCUUAAAAUGAUGUCAUUGACGUCAUGAUGUUAAGUGUCAGUUACCGCGCAAAAUUAAUAGCUUUUAUUUUGAAAGUACAUAAUUCUGUGCAUUUUCUUUAUUUGAACUAUUUUCAAAUAACCAUUAUUUGCUGAAAUAUUUUUAUGAGUCUUUUGUUCUGAAUAAUAAUCAAUAUUUUGCUUCUUUUAUGUAGUUAUAUUGAAAUGUUAUGCGGAAUGUAAGAAAAUGGAUGAUGGUAACCAAUGUUAUUUGGAAUAUACUUGAGUGAAAGGUUACUUGCUACUGCCAUUUUCAAAUAAAAAAAGUAGCAGUUUGAUUUGUAAUACCUAUUUUUCAGUUUCAGUUGCUAAUUUGUUACUUAUAUACUAAAACUAAGAUCUAAAAUUGUUCAAAUUUCAGUAGAAAAUUGUGGUUUCUUGAAUUGAAUUGAUGUUACCAUGGAAACAAAGCCCGUGACCUAUAAACCUAAAUGUAAAAUUCAAAAGUGUUGACACUGGUCUAUCUAAAGAACACAGCUUCGGCUUUUUAUUUUCAUUUCAACAAUAUCCAUGAGAAUAAUAGCAGCAUGCUGAACGAUUUUUCCAUGAAAAAUGCCAGACGAAGGGUUCUGCUGUAACUAUUUUAAGUUGUGAAAUGUGUUUGAAUAAAUGCAAAUAACACAAAAAUAUAACUUAUGUUAGAAAUAAUAUGUUUUAAAGCUACAUUAACAGGAAAGAUAAUUUCAUCCAAUAUAAAAAAUAUUCUUAUAAAAAUAAGAAAUUACAAGAAAAAGCAAGAUAUAAGCUUUUUUAAACAUCUCUGUUGCCAUGGUUACUUUAAACUUUAAGAAUAACAGGGUACCAUGUAAAGUGCUUGGUGUAUUGCUAAUAAUAUUACCCAAAUAUUCCAUGCUUGUCAUUAACAGAAUGGUACUGAAGCCAUUGAAAAAUCCCGUUUUUAUACAUAAUUGUUUAAAAAUGAGAGAAAAUGCGUUACCAUGGAAACAUGAGCCCCGCGAAAUAUACACUAUGCUUACGUGCAUACUAGUAAAAUUAUCAAUUAUGCAGACUUCUACCGAUAUCAAUGAAACUUAAAUACAAUGAAAAGUGUUAAAUUUCCGUAUUUUCCUUCUUCUUUCAAUAUAAAAUACCUUUGGUGGGUCAUGUUCUUCAAACCUGGAUAAAAAUUGAACUUGAAGGGACUGAGAUAAACGGACUUGAGAUUGUAGCAGUUAAAACAUCAUAUUACACGAAAUACAAAAAAUUGCUGCGGUUCAACAAAUCUGAAUUUACCCUUGUAACAAGGUAACCUACCUCCUUAAAUGAAGGGCAUGUUUCUGGUAAGUUACAGUUGGACAGAAAUUAACUAAUGUACAAUAUUAACUGGACAUGUUAGCUGCUUUAUGGUGUUUAUGGAUGUUUAUUUUACAGGUUCAGUGUAUAGAUAAGCAGGCUUACCCCUUUUAUUAACAGGUCUACAACAGCAGUUAGACAACAACAUGGCAGGGUUGAAAGUAGCUAAACUUAGCACUUUGACAGGUUGAUUGAACAUUUGCAGCUAGACUGAACAAAUUGACAGGUUGAUUGUACAUUUGCAGCUAGACUUAACAAAUUGACAGGUUGAUUGAACAUUUGCAGCUAGACUGAACAAAUUGACAGGUUGAUUGAACAUUUGCAGCUAGACUGAACAAAUUGACAGGUUGAUUGAACAUUUGCAGCUAGACUUAACAAAUUGACAGGUUGAUUGAACAUUUGCAGCUAGACUGAACAAAUUGACAGGUUGAUUGAACAUUUGCAGCUAGACUUUACAAACUGACAGGUUGAUUGUACAUUUGCAUUUUGACUUUACACAUUGACCAGUUGAUUGAACAUUUGCAGCCACAUGGGUUGAUUGAACAUUUGCAGCUACAUGGGUUGAUUGAACAUUUGCAGCUGGAGUUGACUGGUUGAUUGUACAUUUGCAGCUAGACUGAACAAAUUAACAGGGUGAUUGUACAUUUGCAGCUGGACUUAACAAAUUGACAGGGUGAUUGUACAUUUGCAUUUUGACUUUACACAUUGACCAGUUGAUUGAACAUUUGCAGCUACAUGGGUUGAUUGAACAUUUGCAGCUACAUGGGUUGAUUGAACAUUUGCAGCUGGAGUUGACUGGUUGAUUGUACAUUUGCAGCUAUACUGAACAAAUUGACAGGGUGAUUGUACAUUUGCAGCUGGACUUAACAGUUAACAGUUUGAUUGUACACUUGCAGCUAGUCUGAACAAAUUGACAAGUUGAUUGUACAUUUGCAGCUAGACUUAACAAAUUGACUGGUUGAUUGUACAUUCGCAGCUGGACUUAACUGUUGCCAGGGUGAUUGUACAUUUGCAGCUAGACUGAACAAUAGACAGGUUGAUUGUACAUUUGCAGCUAGACUUAACAAACUGGUUGAUUGUACAUUUGCAGCUUGACUUAACAGUUGACAGGGUGAUUGUAUAUUUGCAGCUUGACUUUACAGUUGACAGGUUGAUUGUACAUUUGCAGCUGGACUGAACAGUUGACAGGGUGAUUGUAUAUUUGCAGCUAGACUUUACAGUUGACAGGUUGAUUGUACAUUUGCAGCUAGACUGAACAAAUUGAUAGGUUUAUUGUAUAUUUGCAGUUGGACUUUACAAAUUGACAGGGUGAUUGUACAUUUGCAGCUAGACUGAACAAAUUGACAGGUUGAUUUAUACAUUUGCAGCUAGACUUUACAAAUUGACUGGUUGAUUGUACAUUUGCAGCUGGACUGAACAAAUUGACAGCGUGAUUGUACAUUUGCAGCUAGACUGAACAAAUUGACAGGUUGAUUUAUACAUUUGCAGCUAGACUUUACAAAUUGACUGGUUGAUUGUACAUUUGCAGCAGGCCUUUACAAAAUUGACAGGUUGAUUGUACAUUUGCAGCUGGACUGAACAAACUGACAGGUUGAUUGUACAUUUGCAGCUGGACUUUACAAAAUUGACAGGUUGAUUGUACAUUUGCAUCUAGACUUUACAUAUUGACUGGUUGAUUGUACAUUUGCAGCUGGGCUUUACAAAAUUGACAGGUUAAUUGUAUCUUUGCAUCUAGACUUUACAAAUUGACUUGUUGAUUGUACAUUUGCAGCUGGACUUAACAGUUGACGGAUUGGUUGUAUAUUUGCAGCUGGACUUCACAAGUUAACAUGUUAGCAUGGUUAAUAAUUAGGAGGCAGAGAACACAAAAACAGAAUGGGUAAAAGAUAGAUCCUGUAAAACCCGAGGCAGAAACACAAAAAUGCAUAGAUGAAAGAUUAAUCUUUACGAUAGUUAAAAGAUAAAUUCUGUAAUAUCUAUACAAGCAAUUCACUCUAUUUUUAUGGACCAGAAAGAAACAGUUUCUUGUAAAGUAUAGUGACUUAAUUGUAUAAUGUUGUGAGAUUCUAAAGUUUAAUUUUCUGUUGUCUUUUAUCAUAUUGCAUACUCAUUUUGUUUUGUUUUGGGAAACAUUAUGUUUAAUGAAUUGUUUUCCAUGAAUUGCAGAUAUUUUAAAGAUUCCACAUUCCGAGAUAGAUUUGUCAUGAUGCUAUAAACUCACUUUCCUUGUCUUAAGAUCUGCCAUUUGAACGAAGUGUUCAGGCUGAGCUGUAUGUAUAUAUACAUGCUACAACAUCCAUUCAGUAAUUUUAGUUAAGACAUGUGCUUGAUGAAGGAAGGGUUCUUAUAUGGACUUCUCAGACUUGUUAAAAUGGUUCAAUUUUACUACACUUGGAGGCUGCCAGAGCUAAAAGUAAUACCUCUACACAGCUUUCUUAAAUUUGUUAAAAUGGUUUGGUUUACAACUAGAGGUUUAUUCACCAAACUUUGUAUAAUGCCUUUCUUUCGUGAGCAACUUUGUACCUUAUACUUUGAAGUCUUCCAAACAAUGUAGUUAUUUGAUAUAUUUUGAAAGAUUUGAUUGAAAACCCAGCUUUGCAAAAAAUUGAUUUCAUAUUUAAAUGUGUGCACAUACCUUUUGCACAGUAACUGUUGAUAAAUAAAUCUGUUCGAAGCAGAAGGAGUGUAUUGUUUGUUUAUAACCCAUAGUGCUAUAUUAAACUUCUGUAAAAAGGCUUUCUUAUCAUUUUAUUUAGUACAAACUGAUUUUAACAUAGCUUUGUGCAAUAUAACACAUUCUGAUAUUGUUUUUACUUGGUUUAUUGUCUGUUUGUUUGCAUAUGGUAUGGUUGUAAAUAAAAUGUAUAUUUUGUAUUUGACUUUUCAGGGAAUGUGAAUAUUUGAAAAUAUUUUAUUCAGACAAGAAAGUUUCUCAUACAUUAUUUACUAUGUCCUAUCAAAGACAUAGAAUCAAACAAUGCUUGGAAAGGCAGUGUAAAUUCUGUGAAAAUGCAAUUUUAUUGUUCUUUUUCUUUUACUGUCAAUUAUAUUUGAAUAUAUAAUGAAGGUUUUCACAGUGUUGGAAAUGUGCUUAAUGAUUAUAUAACAGUUACAAACAUUAGCAAGAUUAUUUUUGUAUUGUAAAGAAGAGACUGGUUCUAAAGAUUGAUAAAACAAUCUUGGUGACCUGUUACUCUAGUGAUAAUAUGUUUUGUAUAUAGAAAUAUAGAGAAAUCUUGAUACAUUCCAGUAAUAUUAUUAAUGCAGAAAAUAAAGCAAAAGUAAACUGUC